AUGUCAUUUCGCACGCUGCUCAAAACUAUGGGAUCAGAACUCAAGAAAGUGCCCAUUCCCCGUCGAGGGGUAGACUACAGGGGCAAGAUCGUUCUUGCGCCGAUGGUCCGUUCUGGCGAACUCCCUUCUCGCCUUUUGGCCCUGCACUAUGGUGCAGACUUGGUAUGGGGCCCCGAAACCGUCGACAAAGCCAUGAUCGGCACUACGCGCAGAGUGAACCCUGUUACGAAGACGAUCGACUGGACCAAGAUCCCCUCCUUCGGCCAAAAGAACCCCCCAAAGACCAUACCCGAGGCCAUGGUCUUCAGCACACACCCGGAGAAAGAAGCGGGAAAGCUGAUCUUCCAGAUCGGAACGGCCGAUCCAGACCUGGCAGUCCAGGCGGCCAGACUGGUUGCAGCGGAUGUGGCCGGCAUCGACGUCAAUGCCGGCUGCCCCAAACCCUUCAGCAUUAGCGGCGGAAUGGGCGCGGCUCUUCUGAAGACACCUGACAAGCUUUGCGCGAUCUUGGAGGCUUUGGUCACGAACAUCAUGCCUGAAUACGAAAUUGGUAUCAGCGUCAAGAUUCGCCUCCUUGACACGCCGGAACAAACCGAGGCCCUCGUUAGGAAGCUCUGCGCCACUGGUAUCACCGGCCUCACCAUCCACUGCCGGACGACUCCUAUGAGACCUAGAGAGCGGGCGAUUCGAGAGCAGCUCCGCAUGGUCGCGGAAGUCUGCCACGAAGCUGGCGUUGCCUGUAUCAUGAACGGCGAUGUCGAGAGCCGAGAUCACGCAGUAGACCUGAUCAAGGAAUACGGUGUAGAUGGCGCCAUGAUUGCGACGGCUGCGGAGGCAAACUCAAGUUGCUUCAGGUCGAACACCGACGGAGGGAUGGCACCCUGGGAGGAGAUUGCGGCGACUUACGUCAAGUACGCACUGGAAGUCGACAACAAGUUCGGCAACACCAAGUACCUGCUGUGCCAGAUCGUGCCAGGUAAAAGCUCAAUGUACCAGCAAAUGAGCAAGUGCAAGAGCUACACACAGAUAUGUCGCGUGCUCGGGCUCGAGGAUCUGACCGAGCUCGCUCAACAGACAGACCUCAAUAAAGGAGUCGACCCGGAAAAUGGGCCAAGCAAGGGCGGCAAGAAGGCCAACCCAAGCGCCAUGGCAGCCGGUGGCAAGAUGGCCGAGAGCCGGGCAACCAGGACCCCUCGCAACAUGUCUCAACGGGGCGUCAACGCUCCUUCGGGGGCCCAAUCAGUUCAGUCGACUGCUGCCGCUCUUCAGACAUGA